CUGUUCGACAGUCGAAGAAAUGGGUGGAGUCGCUGGGGUUCGAGCUGGGCGCCGUGCCGAAAGGAAUGGAGACCGCGUGGAGGAAAGUGCCUUCGAUCGAGCCACUGACAUCCAGCAUCGGCGCUGAAAUGCCGAAGAUGAAGAAAUCCCCGUCGGAGGCGUCGAAUCACGUCUUCCUCGGGUGCUCGAGUCUUGACGAGUUGGACUGGGUCAACAAAGAGGCGGCGCCUUUUCUACAGAGACACGAAGUCGCGUACUCUACCGUACUCGCUUGUGACUCGGUUCCACCGGAAAGCCGAAUGAUUUUGCUGAAAAAGGGCUCGCGAGCUUUCCGCCAAGUUCUCUAUCACAUCCCAUCGACGAAAACGUUUCUCUCAGGAAUGGUCGAGAUUGCCUAUUUGUUGGGUCAUUCCGAUUGGCAAGUCACAUUAUGCGUGUCAAAAGAAGCUGAACUCCUCGAAGCGCAAAACGAUCGAGAAGACGAGGUUGAACGAGCCGCCAGACGAAGAAGAAAUGACUGCUACGCGAUCGCCUUCUGCUACUUGAAGGAUAUGGCGAAACGGCAUCAGUGUCGGGUCUUCUCCGACAUCGACGAGUCCCUUCACCAUUGUGUGAAAUUGUCACAAUCCGGUGGCUGC